AUGGCAACCGACGGGCUGCACGAGAACGAGACGCUGGCGUCGCUCAAGAUCGAGGCCGAGAGCCUCAAGGGCAAACUGGAGGAGGAGCGGGCCAAGCUGCACGACGUGGAGCUGCACCAGGUGGCAGAGCGGGUGGAGGCCUUGGGCCAGUUUGUCAUGAAGACGAGGAGGACACUCAAGGGCCAUGGAAACAAGGUCCUGUGCAUGGACUGGUGCAAGGACAAACGGAGGAUCGUGAGCUCGUCCCAGGAUGGGAAGGUGAUCGUGUGGGAUUCCUUCACCACCAACAAGGAGCAUGCGGUCACGAUGCCCUGCACGUGGGUGAUGGCCUGUGCUUACGCCCCAUCUGGAUGUGCCAUUGCUUGUGGGGGUUUGGAUAAUAAGUGCUCUGUGUAUCCACUGACGUUUGACAAAAAUGAAAACAUGGCUGCCAAGAAGAAGUCUGUGGCUAUGCACACCAACUACCUGUCGGCCUGCAGCUUCACCAACUCCGACAUGCAGAUCCUGACAGCGAGUGGCGAUGGGACAUGCGCCCUGUGGGACGUGGAGAGCGGGCAGCUGCUGCAGAGCUUCCACGGCCACGGGGCUGACGUCCUGUGCUUGGACCUGGCCCCCUCGGAGACCGGCAACACCUUCGUGUCUGGGGGCUGUGACAAGAAAGCCAUGGUGUGGGACAUGCGCUCCGGCCAGUGCGUGCAGGCCUUCGAAACACAUGAGUCUGACAUCAACAGUGUCCGGUACUACCCAAGUGGAGACGCCUUUGCUUCAGGGUCAGAUGAUGCUACGUGUCGGCUCUACGACCUCCGCGCGGACAGGGAGGUGGCCAUCUACUCCAAGGAGAGCAUCAUAUUCGGAGCCUCCAGCGUGGACUUCUCCCUCAGUGGUCGCCUGCUGUUUGCCGGCUACAAUGACUACACCAUCAACGUCUGGGAUGUCCUCAAGGGGGCCCGGGUCUCCAUCCUCUUUGGCCAUGAGAACCGCGUCAGCACUCUGCGGGUUUCCCCGGACGGCACUGCUUUCUGCUCAGGAUCCUGGGAUCACACCCUGAGAGU